UGUUUAUUGACAUGUGGAGUUAAUUGGACAUAACCUCUGUCAAAUUAUUAGUAUUUUUAUAUUAUUUUUUUUUAGUAAAUAAACAAAUUAAAAUAAUUAAAAAAUUAAAAUGACGUCCAGCGAAUGUACAUUACGAGCAAUGAAUUGUGAAAUGAAUUUGUUGUCAAUGCCCGAUGGUUCUUCAAUGUUUAUGCAAGGUAAUACGUGCAUAGUAGCUGGAGUUUAUGGGCCAAUUGAAGCCAAAUUACAAAAAAUGUUGCAUGAUAAAGCGAGUGUAGAGGUUGUUUUUACUCCAUUAAAGGGACCACCCAGUAUUGAUGGAAGAAUGAAAGAGUUAUAUAUCAAAGAAACAUGUGAAUCAACUCUUAUAACAUCUCUUCAUCCUGGUACUUCGAUUUCAAUAAAUACUCAAGAAAUGCAAGAUGAUGGGGGUCUCCUUGCUUGUGCGAUCAAUGCAUCAUGUAUUGCGUUAAUUAAUUCCAAUUUAUCAAUGAAGUUUACCAUAGCAGCCGUUAACUGUAUGAUUGAUGAAGAUUCUAAAGAAAUAAUUGUUGAUCCAGAUGAAAUACAGCUUCAAAAUGCCAAAGCCACAUUUAUGUUUGCUUUUGACAGCGUUAAGAAAGACAUUGUUUGUUGUAACGCAAUGGGCCGAUUUAAUGAAAAACAAUUACUCGAAGCUACGGAUAAGUGUCGUGAUGCAAGUAAAUAUAUUUUUGAUUUCUAUCGUGAUAUUGUUAAAAAAUACGCUUAUGCUAUAUGAUAAUAAAAAAAAACUCAAUACUAUAAUUAUUUAUAUUUAUUUUUAAUUUUGUAAGUAUUUUUUUUCACAAUUUCUAAUAAUAAAUAUUAUUACUUAAAUUUUUCGCACUACAGCAACUAAAAAUUGUAAGAUUUUAAAUGAAAAGUUGCACAUAAUACUUUUUAAAUAAUGGGACAAAUUAAAUUUAUAUUCGAGAAAAUGCAAGAAAGUAUAAUCAUACUUAAGUCAUAUAUAGAAUUAAAGUGGCCGCUAAAGGGGGCCUGGCCGAUAGAGGGGUCACUUACCUCAAUAAUUUAUUUUUGUGACUCUAUUUAACGAUUAGGUGACUAUUUAACGAUCCGACUUUCUAAUUUUUGUGUUAAAGGAAUAACGGCUUUACUGAUCUGCUUAAUGACAAAUUAUUUUUUAGAAUCUAAACUGCGUAUGAGUUAUUACACGUGGAUUAAUAAUGCUAGAAUGCAUCAUUUUAAAUGUACAUUGUAAUACUAUAAAUAAAUUAAAUAGAUUCUAAUUAUCACAGAUGUUAAUAUUAUAAAUACGGUUUCGCCCCGAAUAUACUUACUGGGCUCUUCAGUAAAGUUGAUGCAAGUAUAUUCUACUUUAGACCGUUUAAAUGAUGUUAAAAAAGAAAAAAAAUUACGAUCAAUCCUUCAUAUGAUGAUGUUUAGACAUUUCUUACUUUACUUCCCUAGAUGUGUAAUAUACUAUUUUCAGGUUACUCUAUUUAACGAUCAGAUUUUUUAAUUUUUGUGUUAAAGGACAUCUAAUUUUUUGUAUUAAUCCAUAUGUAAUAACUCAUACGCAGUUUAGAUUCUAUAAAAUGAUUUGUCAAUUAAGCAGAUCAGUAAAGCCGUUAUUCCUUUAACACAAAAAAUAUAGUUAUUACAGUAAAUAUAUUUUUGAUUUAAUUAAUGUAAUAAAUAGCAUGUAUUUAAUUUAUCAAAGAUACAUUUUUUAAUGAAUAGAACUAUAGCAAAAGAUCAAAAUAUAUUUAAUACGAUUGUAUGAAAUAUUUUUUAUGGUGCGUAAUUUAUUGAUUAUUAAAAAUAUUAUUUAAACAUCACGACCUAAAAAAAAGUGAUAAUAUGAGUUUUAAAUCUUGUUGAUGCAAAAAUAUAAAGUUUGUUUUGAGUUUCAGUAAUAUUUAAAGAAAUAAUUGGUUCGUUUUUCAUGAAUUGAUGUUUUAUUGACGAAUCUGGAUUUAGUUGAGAUAAUUUCAACUGUUCGAUGUUUUUCAAAGCAUAUAUUUGUACUUCACCUAGAAAAAUAUAAAUUUAAAAUCAUUUUCUGCAGAUAAAAUACUUAAAUUUAAUAUAAAUAAUUAAAGUUACCCGUAUGGAAGCCGAAGAUGAAAGUUUUUCCAUGCAAAACUGCUGAUGUUAUUAUUCCAGUAAAUUUUUCAAAAGGAUUAUAUUCUUUCCAUUGUUCGACUUCAUCGUAAAUUAAAAUACAAUUAUUAUUUUCUAUAAUAAAUUAUAAAAAAUUUAUUGUACAAAAUUCUUUUAUAAAAAUAAAUAUGAGGUAAGAGACCCGGUACCCGAUCAGGGAACUAGUACCUGAUCACUCAUGUAUAUGUAUUUCUAUAUUCACUAAAUUUUACUAAAUAUAGAUAUACGAGUACGUGGAGUGAUCGGGUACCAAGUCUUUUACCUUAAACGUUUAUUGACAUUACUGAAAAUUAAUUACUAGACACUAAAACUGCUAUAUCUUCAGCUAAAUAAUAAAGUUGUUUUUUUCUUAAAUAAAAUUUUGUAAUUUGCUUGUUUUUGAGACUGAGUAAAAAAUACAAAUAAUCGUCUCUGGGAUAAAUGAUGUUUGAUAUAAUCGAUUUUCUUCGACGCAUGAAUUGCAAGGAUUCCUCAUCAUCAGAUGGAACUUUUAUCUCAUACUGAUAAAUACUCAAUGCAUCUGACGAUAAUUUUAAUAACUGGAAAAUAUAAACAUAUUUUUACUGUCUAAUUAAUAGUACCGACAAUACUAUUAAUAAAAUUAUUAAUUACUUUGUUUUCUUGAGAAAAAAGUACAGAAAUACCAUUAUCAUCUCUCAUAUGUAACUGGAUACGUCUUUUGUAAGUUAUUUUGUCUGAGACUAUUCCAUAUUCACUUAUAACAUUAUGAUAUUUCCCAAAUAAAUUAUUCAUAGUACCGACGCUGUAAAAUAUAUCAUAUAUAAAUAUACAUUUUUAAGUAAUACUAUUCCUACAACUUUCGUAUAAUCGCAUAUAUGACGUGGCAAAAAAUAUUUUUAAAUUCGAUAUCUACCAUAAAUAUUUGGCUUUAUAAGAAUAAUAGUAAUCAUCAGUUGUAAUGUUCCUUCCAUUCGGUAAAUUCCAAAAUUUGAGAUUUUUUUCCAACGACCUUGAAACUAAGAUUAAUAUUCUAGAAUCUAAAUAAUGAUAUCAUUGAAUUUAUAUGUUACUAAAUAAUAUUAAGAAAAAAAAUAUUGAUUACCUUUAUUAGGAUACCAAAAUGUAAUUUGCGAUAAAUAUUGUUCAUUAUCAAUUGUAAGAAAUGGUUCGCUCAAAUCAUCGAUAUUAAAUAAGUAUAUAAGAGCUUUGGUAGUUCCCACAGCAAAAUAUUUAUCUAUUUAAAAGUAAUUUUUGUAAAUAUAAUUAUAAUUAAAAAUAUAAAUUAAUAAUGUAAUAAAAACUAUUUUCUUACCCCAAGUAGCGGUACAAGUUAUUUUUUCUGGUUGAAAAGAUUCUUUGGACAAAUUAUCAAUCGUUUCGUGAUUAAUUUGAAAAUUCCAUUUUAGUAACCAUCUUCUGUAAGAGCGAAAUGUACAAUACCAAAUGUUACUGUUCGAAAUUUUUUUGAAAUUUGUAAUCAAAAGUCUGGGAAAUGAUCUUGUCACAAUAGUACAUAUUAAAUUUGAUGGAAUAUAUUUUAAACACAGUUUCCGCCAUCGGUCAGACUGGGAAAUACGAUUGUGAAUAAUAUUAUACCAAAUUUUAUGAACUCUUUCGAUUUUUAAAAGAAUAAUCGGAUUUUUAAUAUGAUCUAAUAUUGAUUUUUGUAAAUAAAAAGGCAAGACUGUGUCCAUUGAUGAACAAAUUUGAUAGGUUUUAAAUGCCACAACUUAAUAAUAUAUUCUCGUUAUAUUCUUUUGCUUCGGAAUUAAGAAACUAUUAAUUUUUAAAACAUUCGACUUUUGUAAAAUAUUGUCAUAGAAUGUGACAAUUAUUGAUUCCCUUCGAGAAGAUACAAGAAAAAAGUAGAAAAAGAAAAAUAGACAUACUACAAUAGUAACUAAAUAUUUUAAGAUUACCAGUGAAAAGUUUCAUUUAUAUAAUACUUUUUAAAUAAUAUGACCAAUUAAAAUUAUAUUCGAGAAAAUGCAAGAAAGUAUAAUCAUACUUAGUUUUAUAAUCAUUUAUUUUUUUUUAUAGACAAUUCCCUCGCAGAUUUGAAUCACGGUGGAAACACGGUGGGUUUGUUCCAUUUUACCACUGUGAUUACGCGGUGUAUCACAGAGUGGUCAAGCCACCGUAGAAUCACGGUGGAUACACCGCGUAAUCACAGUGGAUACACUGUGUAUACCCGGUGGUCAAAUGGAACAAACCCACCGUGUAACCACGGUGGAUCCACGGUGUUUACACUUCUACGGUGUUUCCACCGUGAUUCAAAUUUGCGAGGGAAAUUAUUGAAAUCAUUUUUUAACUUUAUAAUAAUAUUGUAAUUAUAGUAAAUAUGUUUUUAAUUUAAUCAAUACGAGCAACCUGCAGUCACUACGUGACUGCCCAAAUAUCACUACUAAAUUUAUGAAAUACACAGAAAAAAAAGAUUUUUUUGCUGCAAAAAAUCUUUACUUCCACCAAGAAAUUUUAUGCAUUAUGAAUUGAAUACAAAAAUUUUCUUGUGGCAAGAAAAGAUUUUUUUGGGCAAGAAAUAAUUUCUUGUGCCAAAUAAUUUUUUCUUGUUAAGGUUUUAAAUAAAUUUGUUUUCAAUUCACAAUGCAAAACAUUUCUUGGGGUAAGUAAAAAUUUUCUUUAGGCGAGUAAAGAUUUUUUACGUCAAUGAAUCCUUUUUUUUCUGUGUACGCUCUUUUGGCUUUGGGGAGCUCCUUAAAACCAAAAGGGAGUAUAAAAAUACGUCGUUUUGAAAUUAGUAACGCGAUAUAACUAAUAUAGCUAUAUAUUCGGUGACAUUCAAUCAUAUUUAGUGACAGAAUAAUUAAAAUAUUAAUUUGUUUAAAGAAAAUAAACACGAUCGUCUUUUUUCCCGCGUAAUUUAAAUUUAAUUCGAAUGAUAUAGAUAAAUCGAUUUAUCUCAAUGAUUGGCAAUAAAAAAGAGAUUAAACUAUGAAAAGACACAAAUUCAAGUCAAGACCUUUCUCACGAUACCAAAUUUAAUAAUAUUAACCAAUUUUAUCAGAUAGAUAUGCCGGGAACAAAAUUUUCCUUAUUCUCUUAAUAAUAUAGAAUAGAUAAUAAAUGGCAUGCAUUUAAUUUACCAAAGAUACAUUUUUUAUUCAAUACAAAUAUAGUAAGAGAUUACAAUAUAUUUGAUAAGAUUAUAUGAAAUAUUUUUUAUGGUGCGUAAUUUAUUGAUUAUUAAAAAUAUUAUUUAAACAUCACGACCUAAAAAAAAGUGAUAAUAUGAGUUUUAAAUCUUGUUGAUGCAAAAAUAUAAAGUUUGUUUUGAGUUUCAGUAAUAUUUAAAGAAAUAAUUGGUUCGUUUUUCAUGAAUUGAUGUUUUAUUGACGAAUCUGGAUUUAGUUGAGAUAAUUUCAACUGUUCGAUGUUUUUCAAAGCAUAUAUUUGUACUUCACCUAGAAAAAUAUAAAUUUAAAAUCAUUUUCUGCAGAUAAAAUACUUAAAUUUAAUAUAAAUAAUUAAAGUUACCCGUAUGGAAGCCGAAGAUGAAAGUUUUUCCAUGCAAAACUGCUGAUGUUAUUAUUCCAGUAAAUUUUUCAAAAGGAUUAUAUUCUUUCCAUUUUUUGGAUUCUUCAUGAAUUAAAAUACUUUGAUUAUUUUCUGUAAUAAAUUAUAAAUAGUACAAAAGUUUUUUAUAAAAAUAAAUCUAAACGUUUAUUCACAUUACUGAAAAUUAAUUACCUGAAACUAAAACUGCUAUAUCUUCAGCUAAAUAAUAAAGUCUAUUUUUUCUUAAAAAAAAUUUCGUAAUUUGUUUGUUUCCUAGACUGAGUAAAUUAUAAUAAAAGUUAUUUCUGGGAUAAAUGAUGUUUGAUAUAAUCGAUUUUCUUCUAUGCAUUAUUUGUAGGGAUUCUUCAUCAUCAGAUGGAACUUUUAUCUCAUACAAGUAAAUACUCAAUGAAUCUAAUAAUAAUUUCAAUAGCUAAAAAAGAAAUAAAAAUGUUUUUACAGUUUGAUUGUUAGUACAGUAGCAAUACUACUAAUGAAUUUGUUAAUUACUUUUUCUUCUUGGGAAAACAAUACAAAAAAAACAUCAUCAGCUGUAGUAUUUAAAUGAAUAUUUCUUUUGGAAGUUACGUUUUCUGAAGUUCUUUUAUAUUCAGUGAUAACAUCAUGAUAUUCACCAAAAAAAUUAUUCAUUGUACCCACAC